AUGGCUGCAAAAGCUGGCAUUUCCGUUGAUUCCGAAACCAUGCGCUCUAAGCAGUCUUUGAAUGCUCCAUCCACGAACGAUGUCCAGCUAGGAUACUCUACACUCUACCAUAAGGAUGGAAAGUUCCGCAAUUGGUUGAAAGACUUGUCCAUUGAAACUGGUGGGAUCGAAAGAGUGACGAAUGAAGAGCGCGCAAGCAACACGUCGAAGGUGUGGAAUGCGUGCACGUUCUGGUUGAGCGCCAAUAUGGCUGUGGCGACGCUGAACACAGGUAUCGUUAGCGGAAGCUUCGGUCUCGCCUUCUGGGAUUGCUUCGCGAUCAUCUUGCUUGUCAACCUAACGGCUUGUAUGCUGCCUGCAUGGACCGCAACUUUCGGUCUCACGGGACUUCGCAUGACCACAUUCAGCCGCUACUCCUUUGGGUACUGGGGCAACCUGCUCGUGGUGGUAUUUUCCAUGGUCAGUACGACAGGUUGGAAUGCCAUCAACUCGAUAUCUGGGGCUUCCGUCUUGUAUGCGCUUUCGGAUGGCAAGUGUCCACAGUGGGCUGGUGUGAUUAUCAUCUGCACCAUUGUAUGGAUCAUCUGCGUACUCGGGAUUACCUGGAUUCACAGGCUUGACGCUUUCCUUUGGAUCCCACCAUUCAUUGUGUGGUGUGUUGCAGCAGGGACCGGGGCCAAGCACCUCGAUGGCAAUGCGAUCAAAACUCCUACUGGUAGCAACGGAGCUGCAGCAGCUUUCUCGACUAUCGCUGUUAUUUUCUCCUUCGCCGUGUCUUGGAUCAACUGCGCAGCCGACUAUAACGUCAAGAUGCCCGUCAACACACCUCGGUGGAAGAUCUUCAUUGCAACUUAUAUCGGAAUCACUGUGCCGACUGUGCUUGUUCAGACGCUUGGCGCGGCACUGUUCACCGGGACAGCAGUCAACCCCGCCUGGAAAGUUGCCUACCACGAAGCUGGUGUUGGCGGUCCACUAAAGCUGGCACUCCUUCCAGCAGGAGGCUUCGGCAAAUUCUUGCUUGUCAUCGCAGCACUGAGCUCCAUACCCAACAACAUCCCCAACAACUAUUCCUUCGCACUACACGCCCAGAACUUCGGACCUUGGGCGCUCCGAGUCCCGCGCAUCGCCUUCGUUACCUUCGGUUUCGUAGCCGCCGUCACAGUCGGCUGCUGCGCCGCAGCGUUCUUCACAGACACGCUACAGACCUUCCUAUCGAUCAUAGGCUACUGGACGAUAAUCCACCUCGUAGUCAUCGUCGAAGAACACGUUAUCUUCCGGCGCUCGCGGUGGUCAAACUAUGACUGGGAUGCAUGGGCUAGCCGAGACCUGCUGCCGUUUGGAUGGGGAGCAAUCGCAGCUUUUGCGUUCGGGUUUGCGGGAGCUGCAUUGGGUAUGAAGGUUUCUUGGUAUACGGGUCCGAUUGCUGGUACGAUAGGCGCAAAGGGUGGGAAUGUGGGGCAUGAGCUGACGGCGUUGUUGUGUGGGGUGUCAUUUCCUGUCUUCAGGUGGUUGGAGAAGAGGUACACUGGGAGGUAG